AUGUACACCCUUCCACCUCAAAAGCGGCGACGCUCAGCGACCUCCGUCCUCGCUGGCGACUUUGAUACGCGUCCGCAGCGCGACGUGCUCACCAGUCUCCUCAACGGCGUCCCCGUGUACAAGGCAGUCGAGAAGGCAGAGGAGGAGGAGGACAGGCGGGCCAGGAAGAAGGAGAGGAGAGAGCGAGACAAGGACAAAAAGCGCGUCAGGCUUCCCACCAAGCCCGCCGAUAAGCAGCCCCUCCCCGUUCCCAGCACCAGCACGAGCGCGAGCGUGCCACUCGCCGCGCCCGCACCUCCCAAGCGGCCGCCACACGCGCCGCCGCGCGCCCCCAGUGCCUCCACCUCCAUGUCCUCCUUCUGGCAGGCCCGGCCGACCAUCAACAUCGCCACCAUGCAGCGCUCCCGCUCCGUGACCCCGCCGCCCAUGCCCUCCUCGCCGCCGACCACCCCCGGCCCGUCCAUCUCCUCCAGCACCUCCGCCACCUCGUCCAAGCGGCCGCACACCCCAGACGACGGCGAGGACGUCUCCCACCGCGGCCGCAGCGUCGGCACAGGCUCCCCACCACCGCCACCCGCCCCCAAGCUCCGCAAGAAGCGCAUCGCCGCGCGCAAGGGCUGGAAGGGCUGGGUCGAGGGCUCGCCGCCGCCAUCCCAGAAGCUCAUCAACCUCGACGUCGUGGAUGUCAUCCCUGGCGAGCGGCGGACGCGCAGCGGGAAGAGCUUCGACGCCAUCGGCAUCGGCAAGGACAGCUGGGUCUGA